AUGUCACAAGCACGUAUUGGUCAAGACUUUCUAACACAAUACAACCGCACUCUGCAGCAGCUGGGCAUCGACCUGACUAUUAACAACCAUCUGUCGACACAUUUUGCAAAGUUUAUCAAGCUCUAUGGGCCCGUAUAUGGCUGGUGGUUAUUUGCAUUCGAGCGCUUCAAUGGGAUGUUCGAGAAAGUCAAUACCAAUGGCCACGAUGGUGGUCGCAUGGAACUCACGUUGAUGCGAUACUGGGUUCGAUGUCAUCUAAUCUACGAAUAUCUACUUGCUCUGCCUGUGAACGCUUAUACAAAAGAGCGUGAGUACAUCGAGGCAGUCAUCAAGUCGGAAGGACGCAGUGAACGUGGAGGUAUGAUGACGGAGCUUGCUAUCUAUCGCAGUGAGGCGACCACAGAUCGAGUCAAACUGCCCAGAGUACUGGGGAAGCAUAUCAAUCUGCGCAUUUUUCUUGGUCCAGGAACUGACGGUAUCUACUGCCUUGCUCUCGACUAUUGUCAACGCUUAUAUCCAGAUCUUCAUAUUAUCGACGACCUUUCGCUCGGUCAUGGAACAGCUUUUGUUGCGACCCGAGUGGCCUGCACGUUAACUUACAUCCGUAAGGACGGUAUACGCUAUGGUUCAGAUUCAAACAAGCGCACUAAAGCAGAUCGCUAUGCAUUUAUUGUGGAUAAAAACACAAAUGAGCGUUGCCCCGUCGAGAUCGCAGCCCUUUUGGGUAUCAAGGUCGCGGAAAAGGCACCGCACAUUUGUGUGGUCAUUCGUCGGAUGGUCUCAGAUGAGGAUAUUCCCCCAUUCCCAUGGUGCACGUAG